AUGGCCACAUUCACCAACGGCACGCCUGUCCCCGCAGACGGUAACUUCCACAUCGACCCGCUCAACCCCAUAGUCAGCGUAAAGUACCUCUCCCCCUGGCACCCCCCAGGCGUCACAGAAGUCCUCUCGGGCGGAACCACAGCCUGCCUGGGAGCUCUACCAGACGGAACGGUGCUGAAAUACAUCCGCGACAGAGACGACCGACACGCCGUGCACUCCCUCAACGUCGAGAAGGCCAUCCUCUCCGCGUUGGGUCCACAUCCGCGGAUCGUGCAGUAUCUCAGCGACAACGACCACGGGAUCGUUCUUCGACGAGCCGAGAACGGCGAUCUUCGUCGCUACCUCCUCACCACCCAAAGAAAAGGAGAGCACCAUCCCACCAUCCCGCUGGAACUCCGUCGAAAAUGGAUUAGGCAAACCGCGCAGGCACUCUCUUACGUUCACUCCAGGGGCGUGAUACACAGCGACAUGCACCCCAACAACCUCCUCCUCGACGCCAAUCUCGACAUCCGGCUCUGUGACUUCGCGGGCUCGGUGUUUGGAGAGCUCGACGGCGGGGCGAUGGAGAGUACGAGGUUCUGUCUCCCGAGGGAUUGGCGGGAGAGGCCGGGUGUGAGGUCGGAUUUGUUUGCGCUGGGGUCGGUGGUGUUCUUUAUGUUGACUGGUGGGAGGGAGCCGUAUGAGGAGUUGGGGGAUGGGGAGGUGGAGGAGAGGUUUGGGCGGGGGGAGUUCCCGGAUGUUGGGGGGUUGGAAGGGGGGUAUGGGGAUGUGGUUGUGGGGUGUUGGAGGGGGGAGUUUGAGAGCGCUGGGGAUGUUUUGGGGUUCGUUGAGACGGUUGAGUGGAGAGGUUCGGGGGAGUGA